AUGCGUGUCUUGUCUUUUGCCCUGGCCCUUUUUGCGGCUGAUAUGGUCGUUGAAGCUGGAGUUUGCAAGCCUGCUCGUACGACUACGGCUGCAACUUCGGUUGUCGAAUCGUCCACUACGACCGCUUCCGCUACCUCGGAGACUUCUGUCAUUGAGUCGCUGACCUCUGCGACGGAGACCUUGAGCACCGACUCAAGCGAGAUCUUGACGACUUCUACCACCGAGGCUGAGACUACAUCGACCGAGGUCGUCUCUACUACCACCACCGAGGCUGCGUCCACGACCACAGAGGAAGCUUCCACUACAACCACCGCAGGUCCAUCCUUCACACCCGGCUCCCUCGUCGGCACCGGACCCGCUGCUGGCCUCACCCUCCAGGGCACUGACUCACGCUUCAUCCCCCUCUCCUUCUCCGACUCGACCCAAACCCUGAUCUUCACCCUCGCCGCCAACGGCCAGCUCGCGACAGGAACCAACAAUAACUACCUAUGCCUGAACUACAAGCCUUCAGGCGUCCUCGGACCGCUUGUCCUGUGCCCCUUUGAUAACUUCCAGAACGCUCCCUUGACGUGCACCCGUGCGGCCAGCGGCACUCUUUCUUGCACUGCGCCAAAUGGAUCUUGCGAGGCGAGUGGAACUUGCAGACGACCUAACAAUGCGGCCGCGUUCUCUCAGUUCUAUGUGGAUGGUUCCCAGAACGGCUAUUUUGGUCCUGCGAACUCAAACUUUGGGGCGGGUUACUCUGCCAUUGAUGUGACUCUCGCUGAAUCAACAUAA